GUCGAUUUAGAAAGGAGGGAGUGGAUUCACACGGUGCAUCCAGACAAGUACUCGAUCGUGCUGACCAAGUUCAUGACGAUGAAGACAGAGUAGCUCCGGAAGUACAGCUGCGGCGGCGGGGCGGUGAUGGGAGAAAAUGCGACGGAUCGUCAACGAGAAAAAUAACUGCGAGGACAUACUGAUGAACUUCAUCAUGGCAAACAAAACAAAUGCGGGGCCGGUAAUGGUGGCGGUGGAGAGAGUAAGAGAUUGGGGAGAUGCUCGGAAUGAUGAAGACGGUGGUGGUGAUGGAAGGAGGAGAUUGAAGAGCAAGGUAAGGGAGGUGGGGCUGAGUAGCAGGAGAGCGGAGCACCGGAAGAGGAGGGGAGGGGAGAUUGCAUACGAGAGUUCCACGGAGUGUUGGGAAGGAUACCGUUGAGAUACAGUUACGGGAAGGUAGUUAAUUCAGUUGGGGAGCAAGGGCUGUGCAAUAAAGGCGGAAAAUUGGUGUUUUUGUGAUGAAUAAUUAAGCUGUAAAUUUGCA